AUGAUACUGGGACUGUUGUUAUUUGGCGGGGUUACGCUCGCCCAGCUCCUUCCACCCAAGCUCCCCACCGACGAUCUGAUUGAUCUACCCGACUCCAUCGAACUACACCGCGAGCGACUUUCAAAGCAGAAUUUGAGGGCUCCUCACAACUCGGAACGAAAUCGGCACACUCGCCCUGGUGGCCUCGAAUUGAUGAAUGGCCAGAAGCACCAUGUCGGGUCGGACGAGUCGGACUCAGAGGAAUUCGCACCUCGACAUUCUGGCCAUCCCGGAGCCAGCCGCAACCACAGACUCGACGUCCUGAUCAGCGUCUUCGGAGUCGGUGGAGGAGCCUCGGCUGAGGAGCUUGACCACGGCAAUGAUCCACUGCUGGAGCGUCUUCAGGGGCGACCGUGGGGACAGCCGAAGAAUGGAGGACGUCGUCCUAAAGUUCAGCACCACGAAAACGCUCAUGAGACCAACUUUGAGGAUGAGCGAUUGGAGAGCGAGCCGGGACAUACUCAACAGAGACCCCGCCAACACGGUACCGGAACCUUCCACCCACACCCGGCGAUGGGCCCAGUCGGAAGAGGACGACGUCGCCCACUUGGCCCGGUCGGCGGCAGUAGCAAGAUGGUCGAGAUGGGACCGCAUUUCUCGGACUUUAGCCCUCCAAUUCUUGUGCCAGAUCACCCGGAAGUUGAUCCGGCACCAUGGCCAAUGGAGCCGCAGCGCCGCCAAAUUCUUCGAACUCCCGCAAACGAUCAUGAUCUGAGCCUUCAGGUUGGAGAGAAACGAAUGCCCGCCAAGCAUAACGCACCCGGGCUGGAGACCAUCGUCAGCUCCGAAGAGUUCCCUGAAAUCCCCCGGGCCAAGCGACAAGUCAGCGAUGAACCGGAUGAGGGAGAAGAGGAGGACGACACCCAAGAAGUCCUUGAGCGCUCCAAUAAGCUUAGGCCGCUUCGGGUACCGCUUCACAGGGGGCCGAUCCAGACGGUGAAACCACCUUUCGAGCCCAUGCCGACGAUCUUGUUGCCAUCAGUCCAGAAGCACGACGACCACAAGCUGCCCCUGAUUGGCCAAAAUCCACUUCCGCAUGCCAAAUCAUCUCCGAAGCCUGCCACAACAACCCAAUAUCCACCAGUCCAUGUCCAGCUCAAGCCAGGACAGCAGAUAGAAAUGGUCGACGAGCCGUUGUCGAUUAGUCCCGAAGACGUGAAAAAACCCCACCAUCCCCAAGGAAAACCCGACCACAAGCCGAUCACGCGCGGUGGAUUCCAGCCUGCCAGCCAAAUUGAAAAGCCACAAAUCAGACUUCCAAAUGACAAACCGCUCUUCAAGCAGUGGAGCGCCUGGAAAGACGCGGGGAGCUGCACAGCCAAGUGCGGAAUGUGUGGCUGGAAGCGACAAGAGCGGGAGUGUCCUCAUAGCAUUUUCUGCGAAGGACCUAAGCACCGGUAUGUCCCUUGCGGCUCCAACGUCUGCGACGAGGACACCCCGAUCGGAGGGCUGAACGGAUGCUGUACCGGCUUCAGACCGAUGAUGGUUGAGGAGGAGGAACCCUUCCGGAACCCGAAGUCGCACCUCGAAAUCGAAAUUGAGAUCGAGAUUCGCCGUAGGAAGCACCAAGUCCUGCGAUGUGGCGCCAUCAACCAAACUGAGCAUCAGGAGUAUGAAGGGAAACAGCACAAAGUCGGCUUGCAAAAGCGGCCAACAGGUUGGGAGAGCAACAGCCACGAGAGCUCUUCCUCCGAAGAAGAACGCGGGCAUCGUCAGCCUCACAAACACCACGACUAUGGGGUGACUCUGAUUGCGCGAAGACCGCAUCCGAGGUCCAAGCCAACCUCCGAGCCAGCUCCUAUCCGAUGGCGACCAGUACAUGGUCAAGGAAAGCCAGGAGUACAUGAAGCUGUCGACGAGCCAAUAUCGAUUAGCCCCCCGGAAAAACAUGAUCGACACCACCACGUCCCGCCGAUGAGACAUACCAAUCCGAACAUCGACAAUGCCGUGUCCGGGAUGCCGUUGACAAAAAUUGAUGAGGUCCUCCGCAUCGAGGUCCCGAAGACCCUGACCCUAGAACGAGAAAUUCAUGAGGUCCACGGCGCUGGCCGCACUCUACUUGGAAUCCAGAAACAGAAUUUGAAGCUGCACAACAACCACCAUCUUCGAUCACUCCACCCCGAUGAGCCGGAGGAGUUCGAGGUCUAUGGGGAUUCGCAGAACUUGAUCAACCGGAACUACAAGAUGGGGCCAGUCGGAGGAGCGGAAUUCGAUGAUCACCCAAUCUACGGACAACAGAAAGAAAAGAAGCGAGAGUCGCAGCGUGUUAGCUUGGAAGACUUUGAAAUUGAGGAUAAUGAUGACGAGGAGGAGGACUGUGAUAUUGAGGACGAUUUCGAUACCUCAGUCGAGGACAGCAGCGAGUUCGCAAAAGGCGCUUGGUCCAACUACCUGAGGCCCGGGCGUCCCGCCAGGCCUCCUCUGCGCGAUUACUACGACGUACCGCUCACGCACAGCACUGGGCAAAACAGACAGCCGAGAUCCUCGAAUUUCCAACCCGACUACGACGACCUGGAUGAUAAGAAUUUCGAGGGGAAGUUGUGCGCUGGCAAGAAACACAGCGUUAGCGGAUGC